AUGAAGAGGAGGAGUAGUGGCAGUGGCAUUGUAGGCCUCAAAAUUGACUUGGUGAAAGCUUACGACAGAGUUGAUUGGGGCUUGCUAACGAGAAUCAUAUCAAAGCUUGCUUUUUCCAGCAAGGUAAAUGCUCUCAUCCUAUGUUGCAUCUCUCCUGACUCUGUGGAGUUACUUCUAAAUGGCAGUGUGUUUAGCAAAACUGAUAUGCAAAGAGGAUUAAAGCAAGAGGACCCACUCUCCCUUUUCCUUUUCACUCUUUAUUCUGAGCUGCUGUCUAGGAUGCUCCUAAAGCUUGAAAGAGAAGGAAGAAUCCAUGGAAUAAAAAUCGGUCGAUCUAGUCCACCAAUCUCUCACCUUCUAUUUGCAGGAGACAUUUUGCCGUUUUGCAAGGCAAACAUGGAAGAAGUUCAUGAGGUAGUAGAUUGUCUGAACCUGUUUUGCAGCUGUUUAGGACAAAAAAUCAAUUAUGUCAAGUCAGGAUGCUUCCUUUCAAAGUCUACCAAAGGGAAGUUAAAGGCGGACAUCAAAAAGUCCUUCGGUUUGAAGGAGUUGACGAGAGAAACCAAGUACUUUGGAAAUCCGAUGUUUGUAAGCAGAAACCGCACAAAAAAUUAUGAAGUUCUCAAAGUGAAGGUGGAAUUGAAGCUUCAAGGCUGGAAGGCAAAAUUGAUCUCUCAAGCAGGAAAACACACUUUGAUUAAAUCCGUCAUGAGCGCUAUUCCACUUUACACAAUGGCUGCUGCUAAACUCCCCUCCAAAUGGUGUAAUGAUAUCGAGAGGAUGAGUAGUAAGGAGGGUGUAUUCGAUUAG